AUGGUUGAUAAAAAAGUAAUUGUAAUUUUAACUAUUGUAAUAGUAACAUUGGUGGUUGCAGCCGUUGUUGUUCCAACCUCAAUCAUUCUAACAAGAAAUAAAGAUGAUGGUAAUGAAGUAGUGCCGACAUCGUCCAGUGAAGAACAUAAUUCCACUUCCAGUAGUGAAGCUGGUAAUCAUUCAUCAUCGUCAGAAGAUGUAGGUGGAUCAUCAAGUGAUAACACACCUACACAAACUCCUACUCAGACUCCAACACUAAAACCGGUCAAUAUCGUUUCAAACCAAGUUUCAAAGAUCAGAUAUGUACAAACCCAUGUAAUUCCAGCUGAAGGACUUAGUUGGACCCUUCCAAAAAGAAAUGCCUCGCUUCACCUCGUGGGUGUUAGAGAUACAAUGAUAUUGGUUGACUACUCCGGUACUGUUUCUGGUGUUCCACAAAUUCAAAUCUAUGCAAAAGGUGCCAGUACUGCUUCAGUAACACUCACACUAGAUCCUCCAAACAAGUUACCACCAACUGAAUCGAAUGGUACUGCCUACUCGACCACCUCCUACUCUGUAAAAAUUGCAGCCAAAUACAUUGUACCAUUCAUGAAAGUUGUUGUCAGUACUCACAGUACAGGAACAUCACUUCCAGAUGUUGGCCAAGAUUCGACAAUGCGUCUUCAAAUCCUACCAUUCUACAUGUUUGGUGCCAACGACACCAACACUGAACCAUACUCAAAGAUUAAAUUGCCAGAUCUCGAUACUCAAAAAGCAAUCUAUCAAACUUGGCCAAUCUCAGUACUCUCAAGUUCAACUCAUCCAAUUGGAAAGAUCUCCUAUCCAUUUGCAAUCAUUCCAGCUUCAGAUGGCGGACAAGCUUAUCGUAUCACCUCAUCCGACCAAAUGAGAUCCGGAUAUGUAAUGAUGUCUUGGGUACUCAGUUUACUCAGUGGAAUAAGAUCAACCAAUGGAGAAUCAGAUACCAAUAAUAUGAUCUACAGUCCAUUGUUAGCAUUGAAUGACAAACAUGAAUAUUCUGACGUUGGUGGUGGUCUUGGUGGAGGUUGGAGAGGUACUGGCGAUACUACCUACAGAGGAAUAUUCAUCCACGAAGCAGGACAUUCAUGGGGAUUGCCUCACAGUGGUGAAGCAUACGCCGAUCAAAAGUAUCCUUAUGUCAAUGGUAGUUUACUUGGUAGUCAAUGGGGAUUCGAUUUCGAUUUCAACCAAUUCCUAGAUAUCUAUAUUCCACCAACUGCAGAGUCAUACAGUGGUUGUAAAAAAUAUGCUGUCAUGAACAACGGAAAAUGUGUCAAACAAGAUGCAAUGCAAGGUGGUUCUGGUGAUCAAUCUGAUUAUCUGAGAUAUGCAACAUUCCCAGAUUUCGAUAUGGCCAUUAUGCAAGAGAAUAUGGAAGGCAUCACCGUAGACAUGGGUAAUGGUGAACAUAUUUCGAAUGGUCUGCUCAGUUAUAAUGCCGCCUCAAAGUAUUACCAGCAAUGGGAUAAAAUCGAAAAGAAAUAUAUGGAGUAUAUUAUUAAAAAUGGUAGUGACAAUGGAUUGUAUGGAACUAUCGAUGCUGGUCUUGCCUAUCAAUUGAAUGUCGAUGUCAAUCUUGUUGUCAUCCAACUUAACUAUGCAGCCAAUUCCACAUGUACCACUUGUAGCUCGAUCUAUCCACCAAUUAAAUACAAAGGUAAUUUUAGAAGAUACAUCGAUCCAAGAGAUCCAGCUCAGUUGGCAUUGAUCGUACCAAACUCUGGUGAAUUUGCAUGGUUCUGUCACUCGAGUGGAUGUGAUUUCACCCUGAGAGUUACCUUCUCUGAUAACAGUCAAUUUGUAAAGUUACUCCCAACUGGUGUAAGAAGUUGGUGGUCUCCCAAGGGACCAGUCGCAAUCGAAUACAACGACCCGAAUAAUUCUGAUAGUAUGUUGUUGUUCGUUGAAAACGUUCCAGGCACUAAGAAAAUCUCCAAGAUUGAACUACUAUCCACGCCACUCGGAUUCAAUGGAUUACCAUCAAACCCACAAGUCCUACUCAGUCAAACUUACUAA